GGAAAAGAAAAGAAAAGUAAACAACAACUGUCUGUUUCCAUUCGCUGACCAAUAGGAAGGUCUGAGGCAGGGUUUUAAUGGGUGCUUUCACUGUUCAUUCAAAAGGCCUUGAGGCAGAUUUCUUGAAGCCUGGCAAUACAUGAUAGCUUAAAUAUCAUUGGAGUAGAACACUGUAGGCAGUGCAAUUAAGAGGAACGCAGUUAUGAAAUGAAGAGAAUAUACAAUGUUGAACAACUGUUAAAACGUUCACACCAUUCUGUUACUCUGUUAACAGAUAUCAAGAAAAGAAACAGAAAGGGGAGAUGCCUAAAUUUAGGAUCCAGACUCUCCCACCGUCAAGAAGAGAGAAGCUGAGGGAGAUAUGGAGAAAUUCCCAAACAAAAUAUAGAGCCAAAAGAAGAAAUUUAAAUGCACUACUUAACAUGACUCCCCCAGAUAACUCCAUCUAUGAUGGAGACAUCCAGGUAGACCCAGGUCAAGUCCCAGGUCCUACAUCACCACCACCAAGCCCACCUACGUCACCACCACCACCAAGCCCACACACUGAAGAACUAAAGAAGCUGAAUAAAUCAUUAAGGAGACUGAAGGAUCAGAACAAAAGGCUCCAGAGAAAAGUCAGCAAAGAAAAGAAGAGGGCUGAGAAAUAUAGAAAACAAAGUGUGAGGCAAAACGUAACAAAACUAACAGUCAGAGAAAAAUACCACUUGCCACCCAGGAAAAAGUUAAUAAAUGACAAAAAGGCUCAGGUGGAAUCCUUCCUGCUGUUAGAUGAAAAUAGCACUGUGCUUCCUGGGAAGAAGGACACAGUAGGCAGGAAAGAGAAAAGACAAAGACGAGUGCUGACUUCCUCACUAAAGGACCUUCAUAAGGCCUACAUGCAAAAAUGUGAAAAAAAGCACCAGCUGUCCUACAGACAGUUCAUAAGGUAUAAACCUUUUUAUGUCACAGAGGCUAGGUCCAGCGACCGCAAUACAUGUGCCUGCUGGGAACAUGCCAACAUCUCGCUCCUAAUUGAUGCUCUUUCAAGCAGAGGCUUGAUCACGACAAAAAGCCUGUCAGCACUGCUGUCAGGUAUCACAUGUGAUACUGAAAAUACAAAAUGCAUGCAACGUGUGUGCACAAAGUGCUGUUAUGAUGAGCCCAACCUGCAGGACCACAACCCAGCUGACACUGCAACAUGGGAGCAGUGGGAGAAGCAGGAUGUUGUAGUGGGAGAGAGAAGCUACAAGAACUGGGUGAAGAAAAAGAAGAGGGGGACAGUAGGAGAGCUAACUGGUGUGUUCAACCAGAGGCUCAAUGCAAUUGCGAGUCAUCAGUUAAACUGGCUUCAUCAGGUGAAACAGUUCAGACACAUCAAGGAGAACAUCCAUCCCAAUGAAAUGGUCUUACACAUAGACUUUUCAGAGAACUAUGCGUGUAAACUCAACACUGAGAUUCAGGCCUUUCAUUUUGGUGGCAAUAGACAGCAGGCCACAAUGCAUACUGGAGUUGCCUACUCAGUCAGUGGCUCCCAGUGCUAUGCCACCAUUUCCCAGUCCUUGCGUCAUGAUGAGCGUGCCGUGUGGGCACACGUCAAGCCAGUUAUUGAUGAUUUCCGAAGAAGACAUGAAAAUGCAAUCGACACCCUGCAUGUCCUCAGUGAUGGGCCAGCAACCCAGUACCGGAAUCGAUCAAACUGCUUCCUCAUGAGCUGCAUUCCCUAUACAUGGGGAUUCAAGAGGAUCACCUGGAACUUUUCAGAGCGUUCCCAUGGGAAGGGUGCACCUGACGGUGUGGGAGGAGUGCUGAAGCGUAAGGCAGACAUGUAUGUCCUCGGAGGCAGUGACCUACAAACACCAAGGGAUCUGUAUGAGUAUUUACAAAAGUCCUCUGAAAAUGUCACCAUCAUGUGGAUUGAAGAAAUUAAAGAAAGGUAUAAGGUGGUGUUCCAGUUUAAAUCUCUGCUUUGCUUUGAGCACAGUACCAAAAGCUCUGUAGUAAAUGGUGGCAGUGUAAAGGGUGUUCAGUAGCCGUUGCAAGCAGCAGACGAAGUCCUGCACCAAGGAGCCAUUGAGGAGACCACGCUGGGAAUAUGUGUUGUGAAUCUCAGAGAUGCCGCUGAUAGACCAGAGGACAUUGGGAUUGUCCUGGAGGGCCAGGUGGUACUGCAUGAUUUGGACAACGUUGCCUUAGCUGUUGCCAUGCUGUUUGGCCUAAUGUAUGCCUUAAACCUCAACUACCCUCCUGAACUUAAGUAGUGUUUCGAAGUGCUCCAGAAGGUUGUGAUGGAGCUGGACGGCAAUACACUGUCAAAGAAAACAGACUCCAACAGUGAGCUGUUGCCAUUUAAUGGCAAGAUGGAUACAACAAAGUCUCCCUAUCUUCUUUUGGAAUAUGGACCAUUGCUGCUUUUUCAUUGGACUGGACUUUUAACACUUACGCAUUUCACUUGUGCUGCCUUAAUGUAUGUUCUUGUUUAUAGCAAGUGUUGUGUAUUGUUUUCAGCAGAUUUUUUUUCUCAGGGUCAUGUGUUGCAAAAUGUGCCUUUCUCAUUUAGGUGUCAGCAUUUGUCAGAUGUGUGUUGAAUAGAGCUCCAACAGUUUCCCCUAUUUUCAAAUUUGGAGGUGAUUUUUGGUUUUUGCACAUUCUUAACUGAAAUGUAGUAGUGGUGGGAAAGCAAGCCAUUUCUUUUAAUUUUAUUACACUUUAUUUUCAAAACCCUUGCAGUUAAAGAUGAAAAUUUAAUCUUUCAAGCACUGGAUCUGCAUUUGCCAGGACAAUAACGGUUUUCUUACAUUUGUUCUUUUAUUUUGUUGGAAAAUUGUAAAUUUAGUAAAUGUGUUUUUGCACAUAUUUUGCAAGACAUAUCUGCAUUAAUCUGGUCAUUGUAUUAUUCUCUUGAUGCUGGUUAGAAGUAAUUCAGAAGGUGUUUUAAGGACCAGCAGUGUUGCCUCAGGUUGUAGCAGUCAUGAAUGUUUACUACACACUGUUGAUAGCUAGGGUACCAAGUGUUUCUUGUGAAAGAAAAGGGUGCUUUGUUCUAAUAUGCGAUUUGUUAGUGUAUGUAUGCAUAUGUGUUAGUGUAUACAUUGCACUGAACCUACUGUUCUAUGACAAUACAGUUUUAAACUAAA